AUGUCGACUACAAUGAGGCCUACGCUGCAGACUGUCCCGGAGUCUCUGCCAGCGGACCAUGUGACCACAGCCCCGGCGCCUGCUACCACGACGACCGCAGCACCCUCGCAACCGAGACACCCUCGACCUAUAUUCAAGUCGGCGUGUGUCUCCGUGGCUGUCUGCCAACGGUGCACUGCUGACGUCAUCAAUGUCAUCGGCUUCCGGUCCUAA